GUUGUGGAGGACUGGUGCUUGUUAUAAAACCAGGCAUUUGUCUCUCUCCAGCUUCACUCUUCAUUCAUUUCACACCGUCUACAAUUCCAACCGUCAGGUGAAACAUCUCAGUCUGAAACCAUGGCCAAGGACAUGACUCUGCUGUGGGGCUCCGGCUCUCCCCCUUGCUGGAGGGUGAUGAUUGCCCUGGAGGAGAAGAACCUGCAGGGUUACAACCAGAAACUGCUUGCCUUUGAGAAAAUGGAGCACAAGUCUCAGGAAGUCAUGGCCAUGAAUCCCAGGGGACAGCUUCCAGCCUUCAAACAUGGGUCUCAUGUCCUGAAUGAGUCCUACGCUGCCUGCAUGUACCUGGAGAGCCAAUUCAAGUCCCAGGGAAACAAGCUGAUGCCUGACUGCCCUGCUGAGCAAGCACUGAUGUACCAGCGCAUGUUUGAGGGUGUCACGUUCACCCAGAAAAUGGCUGAUGUUAUCUACUACGACUGGAAGGUCCCGGAGGGGGAGAGGCACGACUCUGCUGUGAAGAGAAACAGAGAGGCUUUGAGUGCUGAGCUCAAGCUGUGGGAGGGAUACCUGCAGAAGGUAUCAGGCUCCUUCCUGGCAGGAAAGACCUUUUCACUGGCUGAUGUGAUCGUUUUUCCAAGCGUCGCUUACGUCUUCCGUUUUGGGUUAUCUGAGGAGCGUUACCCUAAACUGGCAGCUUACUAUAACUCUCUGAAGGACAGACCCAGCAUCAAAGCCAGCUGGCCUCCUACCUGGCUGGAGAACCCACAGGGACAAGACAUGCUCAAAGACAUCUGACAUUCAAACUCACAUCAGCUGUCACACUAAACCGUUCCUGUUGUUUGAUAUGUAUAACCACUCCUUGCAUUGCACUACUGCAUUUAAAAAAAAAAAAAAAGAAUUUUCUAUGGUGGUUAAUUUCUUGACAUUAUUUGUUUGUAAUUUAAGCUACAGAUGACUCUUUUUGUAUGCUGUAAACAAAUCAAUAAAGAUUGACUUUCAACUUUA